UAUUGCAUGUAUGAAGAAUGUAAUGAGUAAUAAUUUGUUACAGAGGAAAAGACGUCCAAGCGUACUGCUGUAGCCCUGGAGAGUUUGAUUCAUAGUAGUGAAUUGGUCGUAAUGUUUCCUGAGGUCCUGCUGUUUCUCCGUGUAAGGUGUGUGUUCAUUGUUUUAUUUGUUUAGGGAUUACAUGGACAGACUUUUAGAUGAGACAGAAAGCACUGCUUCCAGUCGAGCAACCACACCACUUCCUGCUGCCUCUAGCAGCAGCACCAGCCAAUCUGAGCGAGAGGAGACUACCAGUCACAACGGACUCACCAGUCACAGGUCCAGUGCAGAUCCCACACAGAUGUUGAGCAGUGUGAGCGAGGUGAAGAUUGAAUCUGUCCAGGCGAAUGGAGCGUCUAUACACAGUCUACUAAUAGAUCAUCCAGACUCCAACGGCUAUAAGCUUACAGACACCCACAACACAGACAGAAACGUCUCGGUGGAGCACCAACAGGACUGCCAGGGUCUCGACAGGCCAACAAAAAAGUGCCGGACGGAAUCAGACUCACUGGACCAGGUUGAGAUAGACCCUUCCAGGGUAAAAGAAGACUGAACAAGACCAAAAGUCAGGCCAAAAUAAAAAAACAGGGCGAUGGGACAGCGCUGUGACACCUCUCACCUCAUCCACCCUAAAUCCAAAGCUAAGCUGCUC